AAAAAAACAACACCAUUUUGUACCUGUUGAAUCUCGAUAGGAAACAUCUUUUGGUAUUUCUAUUUCAAAAAGGUUACCAAAAUGGAUGGGAGGAUUUCUAUGUUUGUGUUGCUGGUGUGUAUUUGGUGUUCACUUGAUGCAGGCGGACUCCUGAUGGUUGUCACUGCUCAACCAACAGUGACACCAGCGUCAACAACAGCAGUAAUUGCUGUCAUCUUAACACCAGAGGCCGAUCGUAAGGAGGGCGGGCGGGUUGAUAUGAGGUGUACCGCUACAAACCUCGAGUCGGAUCACAUCGUAGAGUGGAGGUCUACUGAACCCUAUAUCACUCUGAGGUGGAACGACACAACACUAACGCCCAACAUACGGUUUAUGUUCAAUACAACAUAUCCACAGAGUGGAAUGGUUGUUCAAGACUUCACCAUUACUAAUCUGCAGAUUGACGAUUAUGAUGAAUAUGUUUGUAACGUCAACUACCCUAUCCCAAGUGGAGGACACACUAUUAUAGCUACAUCUAGCGUAAUCCUGUCAGCUCCAUCGUAUCCAGUAUGUUCCCCUUCUGGACCCAUCGCAGUAGACACCGGUACAGAGCUACCACUGAGAUGUCUAUCUGAGGCUGAUAACCCUGCAGAUAUAGAAACCCAUCCAAUGACUGAUCCCAGUUACUAUCCCUGGUCAUCAUCAACUGUCGAUGGUACAAAUACAUUAUCAUUGCGUUUUACUGCAACUGUUGCUGAUGGUGGGGUUGCAUUUAACUGCUAUGUGCUAUGUAGAGCAUUUAACUGCUCUGUGCUACAAGGGAGUGAUGCAGACGGAAGACGUUCGUGUAUCAUUGGACCAAUCAGUUUGACAAUAUCGGAAGAUGCGACUAAUGAAAUAACAUCAAUCGAAUCAGAGACAACCCUAACCCCACCCAGCAUCACCCAGCCCCCUCCUUCUAACCCAUGGAUGGUAGCCCUAACCCCACCCAGCAUCACCCAGCCCCCUCCUUCUAACCCAUGGAUGGUAGCUUUUGUGGUUACCCACAGUGUUUCCAUCAUCGUCAUCAUUCUUGGUGUAUUUCAAAUCUUCAAAAUGAGACGUCUCAUAAAUAGUCUAAGAAAGACCGAGGCAUCUCAAGUCCCCAUGGCUGAUCCCUACAUGGAGCUGCAACCAACGGAGGACAAGAACAAAGUCUAUAUGGAACCUACUACGGCUACAACUACCACACAAGAUACCUACUACCAACCGGUUGAAGUAGAGACAGACAGCCCUGAGUAUGACUACGCUCGGCCAGAUGGCAGCACUAACACCGACUACGAAGCCGUAAACAAGCCAUAGAGUUCCGCUGACAGACCAUGAUCAGAAUACCAAGUCCUAAAACAACGAGUACCCCGAUUUCUACCCGACUUGCAAACGAACACUGACACACCCUGUUCACGUGAAUUGGUGCUUUGCGAGUUAAUAGAGUGUUUGGUAAUUUACAUGAGCACAUUGUGUUUUAGUUGAAUAUUCACAGAAUCGCAGCUGCUAAUUUGGAAAUUGUCUUAUGCAGACACUAUACGAACCCACGGCUUUUGCUUAGAUUUUAGGCUUUAGUACCGGUUUGGAGCUCCGUACCGAAAAACACACUUUCAAAAUAACCGACGGACCAUGCGUCUGUAGUGCGUAUAUUGCUUAAUCCCUAACACUUAUAAUUUGCUGUUGUAUUGUUAGCGGGUGCUCUUCCUUUCUGUGCCUCUGCACUAAUAGCUAUUAGGGGUUAUGUCAUAAGCACACGACUCUGUAUGACUGUAUGUGUUAUUAAAAACUUAAGGCUAGUCCUACCUUAGGACCCCUAAGUUAGGACGAGACAUAGUCUUAGAGAUAAGACUAGGCUUAACUCUUUGUGAAAUCCACCACGGGACUAUGUUGCUAUUGAUGCUGUUUAAGUACUGCCUUGGAGGUUAACUGGUAGUUGGGCGAUUUGCAUGACAUGAGAUUAUUCACGUCGUCACGUACAUUUUGCUGUUGUUAUAGAGUGUAGCAUACUCUUCUAUCAAACGACCUUUAUAAUGGUGCAGCCAUCUUGAAUUUCUCCCAUUUAUAUCAAUGUUACCAAACCGAGGCUGGAAGAACAAAAUAGUCUAGA